AUGGCGGAUCAAGUUCUUCAAUCUCCGACAAACCCACAUUUCUUUCAGCCUCUUCUUCUUGGCUUCACCUCUCACCUCAACAUUCCUGUAAACUUCUUUUCAAAGUAUGUACAAGAGAAAAACAAAGACAAGACUGCGAAGCUGAGAUCUGAUGUUUCAGAUAAGACUUGGGAAGUGAAGAUUGAUGAUGGCCGUAGACUCACCGGAAGUUGGAAAGAGUUCGUUGUAGCUCAUGAUCUUCGUAUCGGCGAUGUUAUUGUUUUUAGGCAUGAAGGAGAUUUGGUGUUUCAUGUCACUGCAUUGGGACCAAGUUGUUGUGAGAUUGAAUAUACAUCAUCUCAAAACAUUGAUUAUGAUAGUGAUGAGCAUAAGGACAAUAACAUUGAUAAAUUUUACUGUCUUCUUUUUAUCUUAAAUGUACUGAAAUUCUGGAGAAAGAAGACAAAUUUGAUGUUUCCAAGUAUUGUUUUAGCUUCAGAAAUUAGACCAAUGAAGAAGAUAGCCAAGAAGAAUCCAAGGAGAGAAGAAGAUUCUUCUUUAUCUGACCAUUCUUGUUUUGUAGCUAAUGUCUCUGUCUCUGUCUCAAAUCUACGUGACGAUAAAUUGUAUGUUCCAAGUAGUUUUGUGAGGUCAAACGGUUUGAGCAAAACAUACAGACGUGGCUGGAGAAGAUUCUGCAAUGCUAAUGGAAUAAAUCGAGGUCGGUAUAUGUUCAAACUUGUCCGAAAUUUAGGAACGCCUGUAAUCCGUUUGUGCCAAGCAGAAUAUAGACAUGAGACCGAUAAACAUUCUUAUUCUGUGAGAUCUCUCGCGCCUUCAAGCCUUCGCGAUGAUGCCCUGUAUCUUCCAAGGGAGUUUGUGAGGUCAAAUGGUCUGAAGGAAGAAUGUUGUGAGAUUGUUCUGAAGAAUGAAAAUGGUGAAACAUGA